AUGACUGCUAAAAAAAUUAGAUUCGAGGAGAAUUCUUUGCGACCUUUCAUAAGAGGGCUACGUCACCAACAUUCGACUAGACAACAACGUACAAUGGAUAUAAGCACGAAACUAGACCACCUCCAGAAGAAUAUUUAUUCCGAUUUCGAAAGUCUUUUACUGACAUUGAAUGCCCCAGAUGAUGACAAUUCUGCAACAACAAUUCGAACACACAUCAAUCAAAGCUUGCUCGAGUUUAGGGAUUUCCUACGUAUCAUGAAGUCGACAUCAAAAGAAGACUCGACAUACCGCAUUUACGACCUAAAAUACAAGUCGCUUAAGCAAAAGUUUAGAAAAGUGCAGCUUUAUCUCAAUGAAGAGCAACAAGUGAAAAUUCAAGACUAUCGAUUGGUUCAUUUUAACCUACUUCCCGAAACAAAUACUGAAACGGGCGAUGAAUUCAAUGGAGACACCCUUCAGUCAGCAAGAGACCAACUAUUCUCCAAUAGGUCUUCUAAAAAGACAGCUGAGGCUUCAAUUGCCCAGCAAAUCAACGAACAAAACACCAAAAUCACAUCAUCGUUGCAAAAAUCUCGAGAUUUGUUAUCAACUACAAUUUUACAAUCGGAAUUAAACAUAGAUGCUAUAGAUCAGCAAACGAAAGAUUUGGCAAAAUUGAAUGAAAGAUUUAUCCAAUUCGGUGAUCUUUUGAACAAGUCUAGAGGAAUUAUCAAAUUCAUUGAAAAGCAAGAUAAACUGGAUCGACAACGAAUUUACCUCAGUAUGGGGUUUUUUAUUUUAUGUUGUUGUUGGGUGUUGUAUAGAAGAGUGUUGAGAAGACCUUUGAGGAUAUUGUUUUGGUCAUUGUUUAAGAUAUUCAACAUCUUCAAUUGGAUUGUGGGAACUGGGUCUCGAGUGAAAACAGCCGAGGAACGGGUUGACGAAUUCAGCUUGCUUGCCUCAACCACUGCUGUGGCUCUUUCCACUGCAUUGGGUGACUUUUCUGAUGAUUCCUUGACAGAAACUCUAGAGGACAUCAUUUUAACAGUAACAACAUCUGUACGUUUUGCUGAUGAACUAUAA